CAGCAAGAGGUAAAGUUUAUGAACAAAACCUUAAUACAUUGAUUUUAAUUCAACCGCAUUGCCACAGACAUAAUAAUGAGGUGCCUAAGCGGCAAUUUAGGAGUGAGCUAAUGGGAAGAGCUCAACACGAACUAACUUCUCUGCGAGUUUUAUACAAUAAGGUGUCAACGAGUCGAAAUUUCGCUGAUGUUGAUCUUCCUCGAUACGAAACUUACAGAAGGACAAUUUCGAGGUUCAGGAAGGAUGGGCAACCAGAAAACCCGAGGACAAUGGAGGAGUUUAGUGAGCAACUGAAAGGGCCAUUCCAAGACAGGACAUUAAUUAUGGGGGAAAUUUCAUAUGUUGGAACUAUUAGGGGAAAUGAAGAUGAAGGCAUAACUAUUAUAUUCAUGACACCAGAAACCAAAAGAUUGUUAAGAAAAGCUAAAGAUUUUUAUGUUGAUGGAACAUUUGACGCUGCACCAUCAUUCCAUCACCAAUGUCAACAAUUGUUGGUGAUAAUGGCAAAAUCUUUUGGCUAUGGAUUUCCAAUUAUAUUUGCACUUAUGUCAAGAAAAACGCAAAGUGCUUAUGAGAGGCUAAUUCAAUUUGUUGUUGGUGUUGAAUCAAAUUGGUCUCCAAACACAGUAAUGAGCGAUUUUGAAACGGCAAUAUAUAAUUCUUUUGAAAAUCAUUUUCCCAAUUGUCAACAUUCAGGAUGUUUUUUUCACUUGGGACAAGCAGUUUGGAAACGCGUCCAGUCUGUUGGUAAGUAA